AUGGGGGCGCAGAAGAAGUAUUUAGUCGUUUUCGCUCAUGCUUUUGAAGAAUUCAGACUUCCAGAGCUGUUGACUGUGUGUGAGAUACACGGAAUUGAAAUAACACACGAGGGUUACACAAACGAGCAUCCUUUCCUGGUUAUAACCGUGUCACGUGAUCAAGACAUCCCCACCAUCCUCAACAGGUGUGUCAUGGUACAGUUUGUUAUGGAGAUAUGGGCGCAGUGUGAUUCCCGCCAGGCGUUAUGCGCUUCCAAAUUCGAAGAAGUGGUUCCCCUCCCAGGAGCUUUCAACAUCCUACUUCAUUCCUUUGGGAGGAAAGUCGCUAUGAAGGAGAAGAUUGAUUUAAUUGAGGAGAUAGAGUUUCUUCCUCUAACGGGUGAUGUGAACUGCACGAAACCUGACCACGUGCUGUACAUAAUAGAGAACUAUAAACCUAAAGCUAAGCCCGGAGAGCCGUUUCAAGUCUACUUCGGUCCUCUGGUGGGGCGCAGUAACCGGUCAGUAAUUGACAAGUUCUCAGUAAAGAAACGUCUCUAUAUUGGUAGAACUACUAUGGACGCGCAACUCUCGUUCGUUAUGGCCAAUCUUGCUAUGAUAGAAAGAGGCGACCUGGUUUACGACCCCUUUCUCGGAACUGGAAGUCUAAUAAUCCCAGCGGCUGUGCACGGAGCUUAUACUCUUGGAGCUGACAUUGAUAUUAAGGCCCUCAACGGUUGGGGCAAAUCAACAAAAAGAGGUGAAGAGAAAUACGCGGAAAAUCAAAAUAUUGAAGGAAACAUGAUAUCAUACGGGCUAGACACCCUCUACUUGGGAUCUCACUCCGCAGACUUCUCAAAACCGCUCCUCCGCGAGGGCCCUUUGUUCGAUGUUAUCAUUACUGAUCCCCCGUAUGGGAUCAGAGAAGCGUCCCUGAAGAUAGGGAACAAGUCUAAUGUCCAGCAGUCCCAGCACACUUUAUCGGAGCAGUUUUUGGAGCUGUUAAACUUCGCAGCUCGAUCUUUAGUAGUUGGCGGUCGGCUGGUGUACUGGUUACCGGUUAUAAGAGAUCUCUACUCCCCCUCCUCUGUCCCCCAACACCCUUCCCUCAACCUCAAAUACAACUGCGAGCAGAUCUUCAGCAGAAAGAGCUCCCGGAGACUCCUGGUCAUGAUAAAAACUAGAGAAGUGAGCCCGGGGGACUCGGCGUUUAUAACUGGAGAUGAUAGUUGUCUCCAGUAUAGAGAGCUUUACUUUGGCAAGAACUGAUGGGAUGUUUUUCUUGUGCUUGAUUUUAUGAUUUUGAUAUCAACUCGCAGAUUUUUUGAUAUAGAAAUGAGGUUGCCUCGUGGAGGCCGUGGAGAAGCUGCCAAAUUUCUAGCAAUCAUUUCCGAAAUUGAAGAUUUUUAACACGUGUUUCCGAGUUAACCAGUGAUUUCCUUGGCGUACUACUAUAAUGUGUACCAUACAGCUGCCAAGUGCCAACGCAUACGAAUUUGAAUAAUUUAACCACUUUUUUAUGCAAAUAAUUUAUUUAUGAACAGUUGAAAACAUAGAAUGUAGAAUAUUGUUCGUCAUUGACUUUUAUUUUAUUCAACU